AUGGGCCACCAAGCCAAGUACUUCACAUUAGAAGAAAAAAUGGCAGCUGCUCGUCGACAUACCGAAUCAUAUUUACACUCACAACGAGGCAAAAUCUCGACGCAGACCUCAUACAACAUCGAAGGACCUGCACAACCCUCUACCAUCUUCUAUAUCGCAGUUUGCCAACCUUCCUCUUCCCAAUUCCUAUCUUUUCGCCGAUCACUCAAUGGUUCCGACUUGCUCGAUGUUUCGGAUCUCUCUCAGUGGGACAAAGCCCCACCUUACAAUUCUCUGCCUCCACCCGACUCACCAGAAGAGCAGUGUUUCACCCAGAAUCUCUUUGACGUGAUGCACGGACACAAUUUGCGUAUGGAAAGGGAAUCUCGCGCCCAUCGCGCAGCUAUGUAUGAUGCGGGAGAAAUAUCUGAAGUUUUGAAGGAGCUUCAAGACGGACAGAAGAGGUUGCUUGAAGGCUGGGAUGAACUGAAUACUCGUGUUGCUGACCACCGGCAGGUAUCUGCAAGACACAAGCUUAUGGCUGAGUGCUACCGCCAGGGGGUAGCGCGGAGGAUCUUAAGUUAUCAGGAGGAGGUUGAUUUGCUAGUUACUGGGCAGAGUCCAUACUGUCAUAGUCCAUAA